CCCCAGACCACGUCCCACGCCUUCGCCUCCUCCUUUCGCAGCUGCCGGUAACAGCCUUUCGCCGUCUCGUGGGCCGUACACGGCGGUGGAGCACAAGGCCGGUUUACCCCCGUUUUGAUUUCAAGCUUGAUAUCUCAAGCUACCAGUCACCACUCCUCACCAAACUCCAUCCACAAGCUCGCCUCAACGUCCUGAAGCUCCCAGAAGUGGCCUUGCACGGCGGCGCUACUCGUGGUGGCGGCUGGAAGCCAGACCCGAUCAAAUCGAAAACCGAAGCUUCGAGCAAUAUAUCUCGCGCUACAGGACGUUGUUUUGAGUGUUUCUUGAACUGGUGAACUCAGAGUGAGGAUCUGAACAACUUUCCAGAAGGUAUCGAGGCCUGAAGUUGCAGUUUUUACGUCGAACUAGGAGCUCGCCGGUUUCUGGGUUUUUCCGGCCAACCGACUGGUUUGAGGUGAUCGACGGUUUGAUUUGGCGGACGAUUCGUGAAAGUGUAUUUUGAGCUGUUAAGAAGACGCAGCGGGAAUUUAGAGCGGGAAAUCCUACAGGUCAGGAGAACCAGGACGGUGAUCGGGCUGCUUAGAGUAGUGUUAUGUGAAUUACAGCAUUAUAUUGUGAGGUUUGUUAUGCUCAUUUAGAGCUUUGCAAUUUUACUUUGUAAGAGUGAAUUGUAAUAAUUAACUCGAGGGUUUCGAGUUUUUGUGUUGAGUGGCGAGUGGUGUGUUUGUUUGUGAGAAAAAAAUUCAGAACGUUAUUUGUAUUAAUUGUUUAUUCAUGUUUCGGAUUUGAAUUGGUUAUUCAAAAUUCGGGGCGUGACAGUUUGGUAUCAGAGCGUAAGGUGCAUAUUUGGUGAUGUGUCAAUACUUUCCGAGUGAUGGCCCGUCUGCAGCGGAUCCCCAUCGUGUGCUCUUCGGUAUUGGCUAAGUCAUUGGGUAUGUGUGAGUGUUAGGAGUCGUUUAGGCCGCUAAGUAGUCUUAGGAACGUGAAUACUUUUCUUGUAGUAUCGACUUGGUUAAUAUGGACUAGUAUUGACUUAUACUAUGUUGAGUGUUAUACAUGUAUUAACCAAACAUACUAUGCUUCCUAGGUAAUGGAAAUUCCGAGGGGUGGGCCUAGACGUCGUGGUGGGGGUGUAAGAGAAGGUAGAACUGGUGAUAGAGACAGGUUCCGUCCCAUAGAGGAGCUUUAUGAUGAUGAUGUAGAGUCUUCUAUCGGUGUACAACCUACUCCGCCCAUGGGUGAAAUGGCUGACCCUGGUCGUCUGUUGAGAUUGGCUAGAGACAUUAAUCAUCUGGGAGCAGCCAAGUUUCAUGGAAGUAUGGAUUACAUGGUGGCUGAUCAAUGGGUCGAGGAUAUGGAGAAUUAUUUUGAGAUGAUGGACUGUAAUGAGAUCGAAAAGAGGAAGUUAGCCACUUUCAUGCUAAAGGGUGAGGCUAGGGUGUGGUGGAAUUGUAUGCAAAAGACCAUUGAUGUGACCACCCUGACUUGGGAUGGUUUUGUGAGACUAUUCCGAGAGAAGUACUUUCCAGCUUCAGUGAGAGAAAAAUUGGAACGGGAGUUCCUCUCACUAACACAAGGGAAGAUGACGGUGACAGAGUAUGAGGCAGAGUUCUCUAGGCUAUAUAGGUUUGUGAAAUCAAUGGAUGCUGAGGAUUUGGCCAAGAAGUUUCAGCGGGGGUUGAAUGCUUCCAUUGAGCGUGAUGUGGCCAUUUUGGAACUGAAGGUCAUGAAGGAAAUUCUAGCAAAGGCUCUGAUCAUUGAGCAACAGAACUUGAUUCAUAAGGAGAAGGAAACAGCUGAGAGGGAUUUUCAGGGAAAGGGAAAGGCAGUGGCAGGUAACAGUGGAUCCAGAGACUUUAGGGGUGGAUACUGGAAGAGACAAAAGACUCAGUUCCACCAUCAGGCCCCAACUAGAGUAGCAGCAGCUCCUCUUCCUCCUAUUCGGGCCGUACCUGUCAGACAAGUUGCAGCUGCAGCGCCUGUGAGAUGUUAUAACUGCGAUGAGUUGGGUCAUCUCUCUAGGGCUUGCACUAAACCCAGGGCUAAGGGAUGCUUUCGUUGCGGACAGACUGGACACCUUGCCAAGGACUGUACUCGACCCCGUGUUGGAGGACAGGGUAAUCAGCAAAGGCUCUUACCUCCAGUACCAGCUAGAGUCUUUGCAAUCGGUCAGAGAGGCACUGGGGUGGAAGGUACUUUAUCUGUUUAUAACUAUCUUGCUAGAGUAUUGUUUGAUACGGGAGCCUCCCACUCUUUCAUAUCUAGUUCAGUAGUGGAUGUGUUGGGAUUGAUUGUCAUGCCUCUUACUAGAUCAUUAUGUGUUACAUCACCUCUGGGUGUGUCUCUUGAGCUGGAUAUGUUUUGUGAUGAUUGCCCUAUUGGGAUAGGUGGUAGAGAGUUCUCUGCAUCAUUGAUUGUGAUUCCGGAUCACACAUAUGAUGUGAUUUUGGGUAUGGAUUGGUUGAGCCCGAACCAUGCAUUGAUUGAUUGCUUUAGGAUGAUUGUGUCCUUCCGUAUUCCUGGACAACCAGUGUUUCAUUACCGUUGUCUGAGGUCCGACGUUGCCAUGAGGGCAGGGAUUUUGGCUCAUAUUGAGUCAGGGAGUAGUAUUUCUGAGAUUACAGGGAUUCCUGUGGUUUCAGAAUAUGCUGAUGUGUUUAAGGAGAUACCAGGGUUGCCUCCAAAAAGGGUAAUGGACUUCUCCAUUGAUCUGAACAAGGUGACCAUCAAGAACAGGUACCCUUUACCUAGGAUUGAUGACUUGUUCGAUCAGCUUAGAGAGGCUACUGUGUUCUCAAAGAUUGAUUUGAGAUCUGGAUAUCACCAGUUAAGGGUGAAGGAUGAGGAUAUUCCAAAGACGGCGUUCAGAACUAGGUAUGGACAUUAUGAGUUCCUUGUCAUGCCUUUUGGUCUAACUAAUGCACCAGCAGCAUUCAUGGACUUGAUGAACCGCACGUUCAGUCCCUACUUGGACCAGUUUGUAGUAGUUUUCGUGGACGACAUUUUGAUUUAUUCAAAGUCGUCUGCUUUGACCAAAUUGACAAGGAAGGACGCUCAGUUUUUAUGGACGGAUGAAUGUGAGAAGGCUUUCAACGAGCUGAAGACCAGGUUGACUACAGCACCAGUGUUGACUAUUCCUACUAGCGGUGGUGGUUUAGUUAUCUACAGUGAUGCAUCUCAUCAGGGUUUGGGGUGUGUGUUGAUGCAGAAUGGUUGUGUCGUUGCUUAUGGCUCUAGACAACUGAAGGUUCAUGAGCGGAAUUACCCCACUCAUGAUCUAGAGCUAGCUGCAGUGGUGUUUGCCUUGAAGAUUUGGAGACACUAUCUGUAUGGUGAGAAGUUCGAACUCUUUUCAGAUCAUAAGAGUCUGAAAUAUCUAUUCUCCCAAAAGGAGUUGAACAUGAGGCAGAGGAGAUGGAUGGAGCUCAUCAAAGACUAUGAUUUCACUUUGGAGUAUCAUCCUGGAAAGGCCAACGUAGUGGCAGAUGCUUUGAGUAGGAAGCCCCGAGUAAUCAUGGCAUCGCUUAUGGUACAGGAGUGGCUCAUGUUGGAAGCUGCAUCCGAAUUUGAUCUUAUGCCCACAAGAGGUGGACAUGAAAUCUUUCUCGGUAGUAUGACCUUACAGUCUACCUUGAUUUCCAGGAUCAUUCAGGGGCAGACACUUGAUGAGUUUGCCCAGGCGAGGAUUGCAGAGAUGACUGCUAAUCCUGAUGUGGAGGGCCCUUCUGAGUGGGCUACUAGAGCAGAUGGGGGGUUGAGAUUUCGAGGAAGAUUGUAUGUUCCAAGUGUUGAUAACCUCAAGGAGGAGGUCAUGCGGGAAGCUCAUAGAUCUCGAUACACGAUACAUCCAGGGGGUACUAAAAUGUAUAUGGACCUACGAAGACAAUUUUGGUGGUAUGGAAUGAAGAGGGAUGUGGCGGAACAUGUGUCGAAGUGUCUUACAUGUCAGCGAGUGAAGGCAGAACAUCAGAGGCCUGCAGGGAUGCUACAACCAUUACCGAUUCCUGUGUGGAAAUGGGAAGAUAUCUCCAUGGACUUUGUGACUGGAUUGCCUAGGUCCAGGCAAGGUUAUGACUCAAUUUGGGUGAUUGUGGACCGAUUGACGAAGUCUGCACACUUCCUUCCUGUGGCAAAAACUUACUCAGGGGAUGCGUUGUGUAAGUUGUAUGUGAAUGAGAUAGUAAGGCUGCAUGGUGUGCCUGUUACAAUUGUUUCUGAUCGGGAUGCUCGUUUCACUUCAGAAUUUUGGCGUAGAUUCCAUAAGGCAUUGGGCACAGCUUUAGCUAUGAGCACCGCAUUUCAUCCUCAGACAGAUGGGCAAACUGAGAGAGUGAAUCAGGUGAUGGAGGAUAUGCUUAGAGCUUGUGUGAUGGACUUUAAGGGAAGUUGGGCGGAUCAUCUACCAUUGAUAGAGUUUGCCUACAACAACAGUUAUCACGCCAGUAUCGGCAUGGCCCCGUAUGAGGCUCUUUAUGGUAGGCCAUGUAGAACUCCUAUCUGUUGGACAGAAGUAGGGGAGAAGGGACUCUUUGGUCCUGCACUUGUUCUGGAGACUACAGAGAAGAUCACUACUAUUCGGGAUAGGAUCCAAAUAGCACAAAGUAGACAGAAGAGUUAUGCAGACUUAAAGAGAAGACCAGUUGAGUUCGAGACGGGUGAUUACGUGUUCUUGAAGGUCUCACCUAUGAAAGGCGUAAUGAGAUUUGGCAAGAAGGGAAAACUCGCACCAAGGUAUGUUGGACCCUUUGAGAUUCUAGAAAGGGUUGGGAAAGUGGCAUAUCGUCUUGCCUUACCAGUUAGCAUGUCUGGUGUACACAAUGUCUUUCAUGUGUCUAUGCUCAGGAAGUACGUCCGAGAUGAGUCCCAUGUAAUUGAUCAUGGUACGAUUGAGGUAAACACGGAUGUAACCUUUGUGGUUGAACCUGUUCGUAUCUUAGAUAGGUCUACGAAGAAGCUUCGUAGGAAGGAGGUUAAUCUUGUGAAGGUGCUGUGGAGUCAUCAUGACGAGGGCGAUGCAUCAUGGGAGUUAGAGUCUGACAUGAGAGUGAAGUAUCCACAG